GCAGCAGUGCGGGAGGGGGGCAGGGGCAGGCUGGGGGGGCUCAUAUCCAUAGGAAUUACGUUAUUUGGCUCGGUCUGGCUCACCACGGGGGGGUCCUCCCCACCUAAAUCUCCAGGCAAGGGGGGAUAGGAAAAAAAACGUCCAUUUUUUUCUUCCGCGACUGAUAGCGGUGGGGCAGAGGGUUGAACUGUGAUUAAUGGCGGUGACGCAGAUGGCGGAACCGCGGUUGCUGAUGAUAGAAGAGAGGUUUGAGCCGUGAUUGAUGACAGCGGAGCGAUCGGCCGAACGCACUGCUCCGACUGGUGCUCUGAGGGCCCCUCCCGAGACCAUAACGCUGUUUUUUCAUAAUGCCUAAAUCAAAGGAACUUGUGUCUUCAAGCUCAUCUGCCAGUGAUUCAGAUAGUGAAGUUGACAAAAAGGCAAAGCGGAAAAAGCAAGCAGCUCCAGAAAAGCCUGUAAAGAAACAAAAGACUGGUGAAAGUUCAAAAGGUGCAGCUUCAUCUAAGCAAAGCGGUAACAGAGAUGAGAAUAUGUUUCAGAUUGGCAAAAUGAGGUAUGUAAGUGUUCGUGACUUUAAAGGGAAAGUCUUAAUUGAUAUUCGAGAAUAUUGGAUGGAUCAAGAAGGUGAAAUGAAGCCUGGCAGAAAAGGUAUUUCUUUAAAUCCAGAACAGUGGAACCAUCUGAAGGAACAGAUUUCUGAUAUUGAUGAUGCAGUAAGAAAACUGUAAAUACACAGCCACACAGAAACUUUUAUCAUUUUAGUUGUUUUAAGUGGUCUUUUUACAUUGGCUUUUGUUUUCUAAAAUAUUGUUUUCCAAGCUAUUAUGUAUUUGGGUUGCAAAACUAUUUGUAAUAUUAAUAGUUUUUUUUUUUAAUGUGCAUUAAAAGUGUAUUCUGAGUUGAGGCUAUUUGUUUAUACUUUGCUAAAAGGAAAUGUGCUGCUUUCACCUCAUGGUAUAAAAUAAAUAAUAUGUAAAGCGUAGGUGUUUAUGGUCUUUUGAUUGAAGGUGUUUACUGAUAAGGCUGCCUAAUAACUUUAGUCUUUGUUUUAGUUUCAGUUUAGUUAACCAUUAAUAUGAAUUUGUUUUCUGAGGAGAUUUCUUAAAAUGUGUCUCUUUUUUUUUCUUUUAUAUCAUACUCUUUGGUAUUGCUCUGACAGCUUUCUGCUUUUAAGACUUGAUACAAACAGUGAAUACCUGGUAAAACACAUUUUUGUAGAUAAUUUUAAAUACUGUAUUUGCUAAUUUACCAUAUUUAUUCAGAUGUAAACAGUCCUGAGUAUACAGAAUUUUUUUUGCAUUACUUGCAUGAAGUGUUAUGCUAAACAAUAACACUUGAACACAAGCUGGACUAUUUUUUUCAUGUUUUUCUAUAGCUUGCUUGACUUAGAAAAUACAAGUAGCCUUUAUUCUUGGACUCUAGAAUGUGAUGCAUAAACUUCUACAGUAAUAGACAUACCUCAGGGUAAGAUAGUAUUUAAAAGUUCCAAAUGUGGUUAUUGGUUAGGUACCCUUUUCAAGCUUUGCAUUAAAUUUGUUCUAGAACACAUACUGACUAGUUAGUCUACAUAAAAGAACAGGCAACCUGUUUUUGUAGGGCUUUUGUUCGUUUGAGAGUAUUGUGUAAAGAGUGAUUCUUAAACUAGGCUGUAACACAGGUUAAACAGUCAAACAGGGUUAAAAUUGUUUCAGCCAAAACAUCUGGCUAUCAUGCUUCUGCCCUAUCCACAUUGCCUGCCCCAAACCAUUUAGCUUGGCUUGCCUUAUGUGGCUUACAUGCACACAACUGUUCCAUCUUUUGUACAGAAGAUAUUUAGUGCUUACAAUGGAGCACUGGUACAUAUUGGAUCAUGACUCUAGGGCACUUCACUUGUCUACCAGUGUACUAUUCUGAUAAGAGAAGCUUCUGUCCAGUGGAAGCUAUUUUAGAUGUGCCCUAGUUGAAGGGCUUCUUGGUAGGUGUCACAAACUAUGGAAUGAAGAAGGGAGAAUAUGUUUGAGUAGAACUUGGAGAGAUAAGGGGCACACCAGUGCAGAAAGUUAGCUGACACAUAAUAACUACAGCGAAGAAAUGUAUGUUUGUGGAAUUGGAAAACUGAGUAUUUUUCUGACUUGUUUCAUCUUCUUCCUUUGAUUAACUGAAUUAACUUCAUGAAAAUUGACAUUUCAAAACUAUGUAGUGAAUGUACAACUUAUUGGUUUGGCUGUAAUUUUCCCCUUUGAUGUUAAAUUUCAUAUAUUUUUUAAAUUUUGUAUACAUAAACACGAUUUACUAUUUGUUUAAUUUUGGAAUAUCUUAAUAGAAUAAUAGAAUCUUAAUAGAAUUCUUUUUAUCACAGACAUGCAUUGAAGUCCUGCCAUACACAGGCUGUUCCUGUGCUGCAGAGUUUAUAAUUGAAUACAAAUGGAUGUUGAAGGAUGAGGAAGGGUGACUUCAUCAAAUUAAAUAUAUAUUAUUUAAUUUAGGUAUUAUGUCAGAUACCUCCACCUGCUUUUUAACUUAUUCAUUGUUGAUAUUACAAAUAAAGAUCUGGUUUUGUAUAGCUCAGGAAAUCUGAGUUUUUAAGAACUGUUUAAGGUGAUAAAAAGGUGAAGAUGUUUUGUGGUAGCAGCUUCAUUUUGGGGUACAACAUUCUUUUUUGAGUGACUCUUAAUAGCAUGUAGGGAUAUUUGAACGAAUGAAAUAAAUUGCUUCCGAUCAGUGUCAACA